CCUCUCCUCUUUUCCUACGCUUUCUCUUCAUUGCUGGUUGCUUACACCAACCAGCUCACACCCAAAGAGCUCCUCUGUCCCUCUCACACCGAUCGUGUUUUAAACCAGAGCUUUCCCCAGAAAAAAAAAAAAAGAGAGAGACAUUACUCCAAAGGAAGUUAUUGCUCAAGUCUGAAGGCAACUUGUAAGCCUCAAACCAAGGAGAGGUGUUACAGAGAGGAAGAAGGACACAACAGGUAACAAGUGAUUUAGCAGGACCAUUGAAGCGUCUCCAUCGCAGUUUAGUGGAGUUCCUGCACAUUUACUACAGAUCUGAAGAUUCCAGCGGCAGCUAUGACUCAGAGCAACGGGGAGAACCCACAGAGGACCCGCGGUGGUCUCCACCAGAUCCGGGCUGGGAUCCAGUCCCGAUCACUGCUGGCUAAGAAGAGAGUGGAGAACAUCACAAAGGAUGAUGUGAAGGGAUUCUUCAUCAGAAAUGCCUUUGUGAUCUUAACCGUCGCAGCUGUCAUUAUUGGUAUAAUCCUGGGAUUUGCUCUGCGGCCUUAUAAAAUGUCGUACCGUGAAGUGAAGUUCUUCUCUUUCCCUGGAGAGCUGCUGAUGAGAAUGCUUCAGAUGCUGGUGCUGCCCCUGCUGGUUUCCAGUCUCAUCACUGGUAUGGCUGCUCUGGACAGCCGUGCCUCUGGUAAAAUGGGAAUGAGGGCAGUGGUCUACUACACCACCACCACCGUCAUUGCUGUGUUCAUCGGUAUCGUCGUGGUGCUCAUUAUUCACCCUGGAAAAGGCUCAAAGGAUGAGUUCACCAAGCAGCAGCAGAUAGAGCAGGUCAGCCCUGCUGAUGCCUUCCUGGACCUUAUCAGAAACAUGUUCCCUCCUAACCUUGUGGAAGCUUGCACCAAACAGUUCAAGACACAGUAUGCCAAGAGAGUUGUCCAUGUGAAGAUGACAGUGAAUGACACAAUAUUCACACUAAAUGGCAGCCAGGAUAUAGCCCGGGAGGAGAUGAUCCCAGUACCAGGGGCGGUUAAUGGAAUCAAUGCUCUCGGCCUGGUGGUGUUCUCCAUGUGCUUCGGUCUGAUCAUUGGGAGCAUGAGGGAACAGGGACAGCCCCUCAAGGACUUCUUCGACUGUCUCAAUGAAGCCAUCAUGAGGCUGGUUGCUAUAAUCAUGUGGUACGCCCCUAUCGGUAUCUUGUUCCUGAUUGCCGGUAAAAUCGUGGAGAUGGACGACAUUUCAGCCAUGGGUGGCCAGCUGGGAAUGUACACAGUGACAGUCAUUUGUGGGUUGCUAAUCCACGCCAUCUUCGUCCUGCCAACUCUCUACUUCGUCGUCACCCGGAAGAACCCUUUCAUUUUCAUCGCGGGGCUGUUGCAGGCACUCAUCACUGCCCUGGGAACAUCCUCCAGUUCUGCCACUUUGCCCAUCACUUUUAAAUGCCUUGAGGAAAACAACAAAGUGGACAAGCGUGUAACCCGUUUCGUGCUCCCUGUCGGCGCCACAAUAAACAUGGAUGGCACAGCUCUAUAUGAAGCCCUGGCAGCCAUCUUCAUCGCUCAGGUCAAUGAUUAUGACCUCAACUUCGGACAGAUUCUCACCAUCAGUAUCACAGCCACAGCGGCCAGUAUUGGAGCAGCCGGAAUCCCGCAGGCAGGACUGGUUACCAUGGUGAUAGUGCUAACCUCUGUAGGCCUGCCCACUGAUGACAUCACACUCAUCAUUGCCGUUGAUUGGUUUCUGGACCGAUUGCGCACCACCACCAAUGUCCUUGGAGACUCUAUUGGUGCAGGUAUAGUGGAACACCUGUCUCGCCACGAGUUGCAGAACAAGGACCCCGAGGUGGGCAACUCAGUGGUGGAGGAGGCAGACAAGAAGCCGUACCAGCUCAUCUGCCAGGAGAAUGAGUAUGAGAACGAGAGGCCUGCUGACAGCGAGACCAAGAUGUAGGGGCGAGCUUUUUGUCCGAGGUUGCAUACUCUUAGAAAAACCAUUGAACUGCAUUGAACCACACUCUCAACUAAUCUCUUUUUAAAUUGCAAACCUUCCUCUCACAUAUGUGGGAGAUCUGUUUUGGGCUUUUCUGACACACUGUAGACUUGAAAUGGUUCACUGUUGCAUUGUUUUUUCUAAGGGUUUGAACUGUGAUGCUUCCUAUGAGUACUAUAUGUAUCAGCCAUAGGGUGGCAGCUGUUUACUUUUAAACAUGAACCACUCUAGAGCCUGGUGGUCCAUGGCCUGCAUGCCAUAUCCAACUUCUCUCAGAACUGUGAUGACUAAUCUCACCCACUAGAGGCCAGUAUGGCUGUGAGUCUUAGCACCACAACAGAUUACAACCCAUACCUGCACAGACUUUGUCUGGCUUUAUAGUUGUUUUUUAUUUUUAUUUUGUUUGAGUGGUGUGAAAAAAGCAAAUGAAAUGGCAAUGGAAAUCUUUCUGAAGACUGAUGUGAAAAGUGUUGGAUAUCAUGCACAUACACUGGGAUGACCAGGUCAGCAUCUCUGGGGGAAAAGGGCUGUUUAUUUACAAACUUCUGUACAGACAAUAGUGGCUUUAUUUUCUAUAAUUUGCUGUAUAGAGCUCAGCAGGAUGAAUGAUGUAACUUUACUUGAGGCACACAUACUUUUGCCCCUUAAAUGUCCAAACCAGUAAGUGUUUUUUUUGUAGGCAAACAAGGUUGUCAAUGUCUUGGCAGCUAUAUCCAGCCUUAUUUUUUGUAAUACAUGUUCCUUAAAUCAAUCACUACAAUCAUUAGGACUGACAAACCAAAAUCACUAAGCAGUGCUUUACCUGUUAAUUUCCUCACCUGAGAAUUUGAACUUUCAUCAUAUCAGAAUUUUAAGCCAUUACCAUUUAUUUCAACCAAAAAAAGCACCAAAAAUAUUAUCUAAAUUUCUGUAUUAAAUUAUACCCACCCGUGCACAAACAAAUGCACAAACACUAAUCUACAAAUGCAGUGCAAUUUCAAUAGGAAGAUAGUAACAAUUGCAUGAUAUGUUGAUCAAUUCUAACGGUGACAGCGAGUGAUUUCCUUACCUAGGCCCUCUAACAUGGGAAUGAAACAAAAAAUUAUUUGGUUGAAACAUUCAUGUCAGUAUGAAAUAUUUGUUUUAUAUUAAACCUCAGUUUCCCGUAGAUAGUAAACUCUAACACUUAUUUCAUUUGAUUUAAUAUGGAUGCAUGUUGUAAAGUAAUGGAUUUCACGUCCAAUUCCCAUCUUUUAUUUUAGCUAGCUUGAAUUUGAAAGUGUUGUUUUGUAUUUGCAUAAUUCAGUAUAUAUAACAAAUGUAACAUUUAUAUAAAAGUUGCUUUGUAUAGGAGGUUCUUCUGAAUAUAUUGUACUUGUAUAGAGAAAUGUAGAUAAAAGUGUACAUUAAUUGUAGAUUUAAAUUGUAAAAGGUUAUUUGAGGGUUGCAUAUGUAAAGAUGCUGUAACCAUACUCUUAUCAAACCUAAUGACCAAACUAACUAUCCCUGUAGUUCCUUUCACAAAUGCAAAAAUGGAUGAUUUAAAGGAAAAUGUUUUCUUCUACACAAUUGAGGAAAUGGAAUAGUUCCUUUGUUUACAGUUGCUUUUGUCUCUCUGGAUAUGACUGUUUCUCUCAUAAAUUCACAUUGGAGUGCACAUACACAGAACAAACGCAACACAUACACAAUGAACUGAAUAAUAGUUGUAGUUUUAUCUUGCACGGAUUUUUUGGAAUAAAAAAGUGAAAUUA